CUAUAGUACUAGUUUCUGACUAGCGCUCCACCUAUAAUCCCGACCACAAGCCGCCCGCGCAGAAAGCCCAGUCUAGAGACGUCACGCAUUUGCAGUCCGGACUACAUUUCCCGUCGUCCCCGCUCUUCCGGAUCUCAUGAUCUCUUUUUUACGGCUGCGCUGUUCUUGCCGGCCAACAUGGCGACCUUCGUGGAAAUUCUGAGGAACGAGUUCCCACAGCUGGACGCCGAGCUCCUUCAAUAUGUGACGGAUGUCCUUGACAGUGGUCAGUCUGACUUUGAGUCAGAGAACGACUUAUUUGAGGCAGUGGGGGAACUUCUGCAGGAUGUGUCUGGCGAUACCAAAGAUGAUGAGGACAUCCGCAACAUCUGUCAGAGGAUGUACAGAACUAUGCGCAUAGAGAAUAAUCAUGUCCCGUCACAAGCACAGGUUCUACUGGAUGCUCCUAUUCAACUCUCCCAGAUUACAGAUUAUGAUGUUGAUCCUCAGGUCUUGAGCGUCUUAUUGAUGAAAAAAGAUCAGUCUUCAACUGUUGAUGUAAGGAAGCUAGAAAAAGCAGAAGCUAAAUUAAAAGCCAAACAGGAGAAACGAUCUGAGCGGGAUACACAGAAAACCGGUGGAAAUGUUGUAAUGGAAGAAGCUUCCGCAAGUCAGGCUGCCAGCAAGAAGGACAACAGGAUAGAAUCCAGUGGCAAGAACAAGUCAUAUGAUGUCAGAAUUGACAACUUUGAUGUGUCAUUUGGGGAGAGGGUCCUAUUGACAGGUGCCGAGUUGCAUUUGGCAUCAGGACGGCGAUAUGGUUUAGUGGGCAGAAAUGGUCUGGGUAAGACGACACUACUAAAGAUGCUUGCAAGUCGCAGUCUUCGUGUUCCCUCACACAUUAGCAUCCUACAUGUGGAGCAAGAAGUGGCAGGAGAUGAUACUCCAGCCCUGCAGAGUGUACUGGAAUGUGAUACAUUACGUGAGAGUCUUCUGAAAGAGGAGAAAGAACUUAAUGCACGAAUCAGUGCCGGAAAGGGAGAUGGUUCAGAGAGUGUCCGCUUAACUGAGAUCUAUGGAAAGCUGGAAGAAAUAGAUGCAGAUAAAGCACCCGCUAGAGCCUCAGUGAUCCUUGCAGGAUUGGGAUUCAAACACAGUAUGCAACAGCAAAUGACCAAGGAAUUCUCUGGUGGAUGGCGUAUGAGGUUGGCGCUUGCCCGGGCUCUGUUUGCCAGGCCUGACCUUCUUUUACUUGAUGAACCUACCAACAUGUUGGAUGUGAGAGCCAUCCUGUGGUUGGAAAACUAUCUGCAGACCUGGCCUUCCACAAUUCUAGUUGUGUCCCAUGACCGUAAUUUUCUGAAUGCAGUGGCAACAGACAUUCUGCACCUGCACAGUCAGCGCUUGGAGGCUUACCGUGGCAACUUUGAAAGCUUCUUGAAAACCAAGGAAGAACGUCUGAAGAAUCAGCAGAGGGAAUAUGAGGCACAACAGCAGUAUAGGGAACAUAUACAGGUGUUUAUUGAUCGAUUUCGAUAUAAUGCAAAUCGGGCUUCUCAAGUGCAGAGUAAGCUUAAACUUCUGGAAAAACUGCCAGAAUUAAAGGCUGUAGACAAGGAGUCUGAGGUGAUUUUGAGAUUUCCUGAUGGCUUUGAAAAGUUCUCCCCACCAAUUUUGCAGUUGGAUGAGGUUGAUUUCUGGUAUACUGCAAGCCAACCAAUCUUCAAGAAUUUUUCUGUGUCUGCAGAUCUGGAGUCUCGAAUCUGUGUGGUGGGAGAAAAUGGAGCAGGAAAAUCUACAAUGUUGAAGUUGUUAAUGGGAGAACUAUCUCCGGUGCAUGGGAUCCGACAUGCACACAGGAAUCUUAAGAUCGGUUACUUCAGUCAGCAUCAUGUGGACCAGCUGGAUCUCAAUGUCAACUCAGUGGAGCUACUUGCAAAACGGUUUCCAGGUAAAGCAGAGGAGGAAUAUCGCCAUCAGCUUGGCAGCUAUGGGAUCUCUGGUGAACUUGCAGUACGACCUGUAGUUAGUUUGUCUGGAGGUCAAAAAAGUCGUGUAGCUUUUGCGCAAAUGACAAUGCUUUGCCCCAACUUUUACAUUCUCGAUGAGCCGACCAAUCACCUUGACAUGGAGACAAUUGAAGCUUUGGGAAAAGCACUGAACAAAUUCCGGGGAGGAAUAAUCCUGGUUUCCCACGACGAGCGAUUCAUCCGCCUUGUUUGCCAGGAGCUGUGGGUCUGUGAAAAUGGUGGAGUGACUCGAAUCGAGGGUGGUUUUGAUGAAUACCGGGAUAUAUUGACAGAGCAGUUCCGCAAGGAGGGCUACCUAUAGUCUGGACUCUAAAAGAAUUUGUUGAUGCUCUUGUGCGUCUCCAUAGCUUUGCUGGUGUCCUGUACAUUAUGAUAAUCUCACAUUGGAGAGCAAGGAUCCUGAUAUUUAAAGAAAUCAGAUGUUCUGCACAGAUGGGCUUUAGGACACUUCAGUUUAGGAGACUGAUGUUUUAGCUGAGGGAAGAUAUUUAUUACUCCAACAGUACAGACUGAGCAGAGAUGGCUGUAUUUCUUGUGAGAUGAUGAUUUGCUGCACAUUACUAUUUAUUUACUAUACUAAACCCACUCAUUUCUUUAUCUCCACCCUUGUCCUACGGCUGAUCCAGUCUUAUAUGGGAAUCUUUACUAUUAUUUAUUUUAAACGUGUGCAUUAAAAAAAAAAAAAACGUUUCUAAUGCUGUAACAUUGCAGAUGGUCAAUGAUUCUAUUGCAAACCAUCUAUGUAUUUGAACUAUAUAAUGUCUGUUAUGCAGUCUGUCAUCCCCAGUCAUGAAUUGAUGGUGUAAUACAACUAGUGGGAGUUUACAUUGUGUAUGACUUCAGUGCUUGUUAGAUUUUGCAGGUUUUCUUGUUUUUAGGUUAAACAUGUUAAACGUACAGCCAAGGGCUAUUCCCCUGUCAGGCUGUUCCUUGACUAGUUCCUCCUCUGACAUGGCCAAUUUACUAUUAUCCCCCGCCCCUUCUGUAUGUGCACACAGAGUCCUUUCCACAGAUUUUUAAUUUUUUUCUCCCUGCUUCCUACUCUAGCCCUCUUUUUAUCCAGGAGACCAUUAUCAUGACACAAUUAAAGGGCAGUUCUAGCUCAGAGUCAUUAGUAUUGUGCAGUGAACAUUUUGCUCAGUGUAAACCACUAUCUCUUGCUUCCUUUUGAGUUAUUAAAAGUGCCAAGAGAUGGUGAUGUGAAGCUAACCAAAUGUAAAUAAAGAGCAAAAUCCUCCUA